AUGUCAAACCACGAGAAAGUGAAGCAGGAUGAAGACGUCAGUGUUGCUGCUGCUGGUCUUGCCGGCUCUGUCCUCAGCUGGUCCUCUGGACAUCAGGGACAACGCAGAGCAGAGAAAUGUAGUGUGUUUGUCUUGUUUCCAGUUGAUGUCAGUGUCCCCUUUCUCCCACUAGACCCCGGCUACACUGCUGAUGUCAGUCUGAGGAAAGAUCUGUCUGAGUGUCUGAUUGACACAGACUAUGAUGAGCUAAUGGACACUGUUCAGAAGGGCCUUCCACAAACCAGUACAUCUCAUCAUGUUGUUAUUGUCGGCGCAGGCAUGGCUGGGCUGACAGCUGCCAUGCUACUGCAAGACGCUGGGCACAAGGUAACCAUAUUAGAGGCUAGCGGCCGUGUUGGAGGACGGGUGGAGACCUACAGGAAUGAAAAAGAGGGCUGGUAUGCUGACCUGGGAGCCAUGAGGAUCCCAGAUUUUCACCACAUCGUGCACUGGUUUGCUGAAAAGCUGGGGGUCCAGCUCAAUGACUUCAUCAUGUAUGACCCAAAUACUUUUUACUUUGUGAACGGAGUGCUGGAGAGGACGAGCAGAGUGGAAAGACACCCUGAGAUUCUGAAGUACAGCGUGGGGAGGGGUGAGAAUGGAAAGACAGCCGACCAGCUGCUACAACAAGCUUUGGAGAAGGUUAGAGGUGAAGUGAGGGCUCAUGGCUGCCGAGCUGCUCUGAGAAAAUAUGACCGUUAUUCUUUAAAGGACUAUCUGAAACAAGAAGCAGGUCUGAGCUCAGAAGCGGUGCGGAUGAUUGGAGACCUGCUCAAUGAACAGAGCCUCAUGUAUACAGCGCUGAGUGAGAUGAUCUAUGAGCAGAGUAACAUCAAUGACAUAACUAAGUACAAGGAGGUGACUGGUGGGUCGGACAGUCUUCCCACAGCUUUUCUUCCUUUCCUCAAUGACUGCGAUAUUCUUCUCAACUCAAAGGUCAAACGCAUCAGCCACUCAAAUAAAAGUGUAACUGUAUCGUACCAGGCAGGCCAACAGCCCUCUCUUACUCACCUUUCCGCUGAUGCUGUCCUGGUAACAACCACAGCCAAAGCAGCCCUGUUCAUGGACUUUGAACCACCUCUCUCCAUCCAAAAGAUGGAGGCACUGAGGGCGGUCCACUACGACAGCUCCACUAAAAUCAUCCUCACCUUUAGAGAGAAGUUCUGGGAGAAGGACAGCAUCCGAGGAGGAAAGAGCAUCACUGACCUCCCAUCUCGUUUUAUCUACUACCCCAGCCACAGUUUCCCCACAAAUGAGACCGUUGGCGUCCUCCUGGCCUCCUACACCUGGUCUGACGACUCCCUCCUCUUCCUAGGUGCGAGCAAUGAUGACCUGAAAGAGCUGGCUCUGAGAGAUUUGGCAAAGAUCCACGGUGAGCACGUUAGGUCUCUCUGCACAGGUGUGGUGGUGAAGAAGUGGAGUGAAGAUCCACACAGCUUAGGCGCCUUCACUUCCUUCACACCCUACCAACAUUUAGAGUACGCUAAAGAGCUCUUCAGAAGUGAAGGCAGGGUGUACUUUGCUGGUGAACACACAGCCUUACCUCAUGCUUGGAUGGAGACAGCUAUGAAAUCUGCAAUCAGGGCUGCUACCCGCAUUAAUGAUGAGUCAGCUACGCAACUACAUGGCUAUGCUCCGUAG